UAAAUAAAUGUCUGGAUAGGCUUUCCCAAACUUGCUCUGAUGAAGGUUCACUACCUCAACCAACUUAGUUGGUUGAAUAAAAACUUUACCACAUGUUAGAUCUGUAUAGCUUCCAAGAUAUGUGAGCAGCUAUGAAGGUUGCUAUACCAGCCUGAGUUAUGUUUCUGAUGAAAUAGGGGAAGAAAACUAAUGGGGAUCUCUUUUGGGGGAACCUAAAUUGCACCCAAGCGCCGAAAUUCCCUUACUCCCUCAGCCCAUGAUUCAUCAGCAGUCAUGUUAAUCCCAAGGAUGAUGAAAUCCCUUGCAGGCUUGGUGGUGCUUUUUACUGUGACAACAGCCCGAGUGUUGCCAGAUCAGUAUGGGUACCAGCAGGAUGAGAACACACUUGGGCCUAAUUUUGAUGGCAUGAACCAGGCUCCUUAUCAGGAAUCUGCUGGAGAUGAGGAUUUCCAAACACUGGUCAGAGCUGGUGGUCCAUAUUCAGGAACUUAUGCUCAAGAAAGUCUUUUAGAGGAUCAAGACAUAGUUGGCUACAUGUCCAUGCCUAGUCAGAUGGAGGAUAUUCCUAUUGUGGCAGCUGGACAUGACAUUGGUGAACACAACAGGAUGCUGCAUGAACCUGCUGAAACCAGUCACUUGGAGAUGGACCCUGAUGAUGAUGCUGAAGCAGUUGCUUUGCAGCAUGACCAGCUGGUGGAUAAAUCUAUCCAUGGACUGUCUGGCAUCAAUGUAAACCAUGAUGAAGCCAUCCACAGGCAUGUUCACCCUGAUGAUGAUUCAAGGAUCCAAUCUGAUUUAAUGAAUGGGCAAAAAUUUCAGCAAGACCAGAAAGGGUUUGAGCACAAACUUGACCAGCUGACUUGGAAGAUCAAUUCAGAGAAAGAGGCAAAGCAUUAUGGGGAAUCUCAGUUUGAGUUGUCCUCUGCACAACCAGGAGACAGAAACCAUGUUGCAGAGGGAAUGCCAUUUGAGGUUCUUCUGAAAGGAGGAAGUUACUAUGACUCCAUUGGCAGACAUUCCUACAUCACAUCCAGCACAGCUAUCACCCUGGGGGCUCUGAUUGGAAUCAUCUUCUUGCUUUGUGGUUUCUUGCUCGCCAUUCUGGUGGAUAAAUCUAUCCAUGGACUGUCUGGCAUCAAUGUAAACCAUGAUGAAGCCAUCCACAGGCAUGUUCACCCUGAUGAUGAUUCAAGGAUCCAAUCUGAUUUAAUGAAUGGGCAAAAGUUUCAGCAAGACCAGAAAGGGUUUGAGCACAAACUUGACCAGCUGACUUGGAAGAUCAAUUCAGAGAAAGAGGCAAAGCAUUAUGGGGAAUCUCAGUUUGAGUUGUCCUCUGCGCAACCAGGAGACAGAAACCAUGUUGCAGAGGGAAUGCCAUUUGAGGUUCUCCUGAAAGGAGGAAGUUACUAUGACUCCAUUGGCCGACAUUCCUACAUCACAUCCAGCACAGCUAUCACCCUGGGGGCUCUGAUUGGAAUAAUCUUCUUGCUUUGUGGUUUCUUGCUCGCCAUUGUCUACUGCAAAACCGGAUGGAGCUUAACUGACAUGCUGUGCGAAAGCGAGAUGGCGCGUGGGAUAAAAAUUCAGGAAGUCGAAGCCAUAGAACCGGAAAUGGUUCCUUGCUGCGAGUGUCCGGAAGACAGGCAAAUUCGCCCCAGGGGCUGGCGCAACAAAAAGAGGGGUGCCAGGAAGCCACAAAGGCCCAAACCCAGUAAACGGGCAGCAGGGGACAGUGAGGGAGAGGCCAUGACAGCUGAUGACGUUCUCACGCCAGGCAGCGAAUACUAAAUAAA